UGGGUUUGGCGCGAUGAAACAUUAACAUGAAGCCAAAAUAUCAGUUAGGACACUAGUAUAUGUAUAUUAGACCAAAUCAGCAUAUGUAUCUAAUGUGUAUCUUAGGCGUCUGCGAUAUAUAUUAGUUCUCUUUUAAAGAAAAAGAAAACAUUACAUAGCCUAAUAGCAACGGGAACUGCUUCUAACUGCGUUGAACUGCUCUGAGAAACAAAGGGCUACAGUGUGGCAUUUGAAUUAAAAUAAAGGCUAGCCUAUUGUUUCUCAGAACAGUUAUCUUUACAUUUGCAACUUGAAAACUUGACGUGUUAUUUGCGGUAGUGAGUCUGGGAGGGAAAACUUAGCCUAAUAGCUAGAUCCGCCACACCUCUGUCCAGCGCGAACAGCGUGCCACCUGUUCACACCCUCCGAUUCAAGACUGUAGUCACAGGAAGUCUGGCCAGUGAAACACGUCUAUGGGAGCGCUUAUUACUGUGUGUGGAGUUACUCCAACUUUCCAAAACUGUUAAAACAAGUACAAGCGAAGAUGCUCUGUUUAUGAGGCAUCCUGAGUUUUCUGUCACUGUGUGGCGACAGUUUCUUCCACAGAAGCAUCAGGAAAAGAUGGCGAACUCGACUAUAGAGAGCUUGUUUUAUCAGAAACCGGCAAAGAACGCUACGCAGACGCCCGAUGUCGAUCGUUCGUACAAGGCGUAUCUCGUGGGGAUUAUCAUCGCCAUAUGUGGGAAUUUUCUGAUCAGCAUCUCCUUGAAUAUCCAGAAGUACACCCAUGUGCGGCAGUCCCAGACGGGCUCCAAGCCCUACUACACCUGUUUCCUCUGGUGGUGUGGCAUCGGCCUCAUGGGUGUGGGCGAGCUGGGCAACUUUGCGGCCUACGGCUUCGCCCCAGCCUCGCUCAUCGCCCCACUGGGCUGCGUGUCCGUCAUUGCCAGCGCUGUGAUCUCUGUGGUGUUCCUCAAAGAGACCUUACGGGCCUCUGAUGUCCUGGGCGGAGCUCUUGCUGUGACGGGGACGUACCUCUUGGUGACCUUCGCCCCCCACACCUCCCAGCACGUCACGGCACACCUGGUCCAGAGAUACUCCGUCAGCUGGCAGUUCCUCACCUACCUUACUAUAGAGAUUAUUGUGUUCUGUGUUCUACUCUACUUGUACAAGAGGAGGAACUUGAAACACAUUGUGGUGGUGCUAAUGCUGGUGGCUCUGCUUGCCUCGCUGACGGUCAUUUCGGUCAAGGCCGUGUCCGGGAUGAUCACGGAGUCGGUGAAGGGAAGCCUCCAGCUCACGUACCCCAUCUUUUACGUCAUGGCUGUGGUGAUGGUGGCGUCCUGUGGGUUCCAGAUCAAAUUCCUGAACCAAGCCAUGAAGAUGUUUGAUGCGACAGAGGUUGUGCCCAUCAACUUUGUGUUCUUCACUGCUAGUGCGAUUGUUGCAGGCAUUGUGUUUUAUCAGGAAUUCUACGGUUUGGCUCUGCUGAACAUCUUCAUGUUUCUUUUUGGGUGUCUGCUGUCCUUCCUUGGAGUAUUUCUGAUUGCGAGGAACAGGCCGAAAGUCAAGACCGAGCAGCCUUUCAUUGACAUGGGACAAGUGCCCGGAAGGAGAUGCACUGAUAAAGUGCAGCCCGAAGCCAAACACAUAACGUAUGGAUCUCUGGCAGCCAAAAUAUUACACCUGGACAAAAAGGGCGAGCAGCAGGAGGAGACUUCAACAUGAGACUCAAUCCACGCAGCUGUUUGGACAAACCGUCCGUAUCCACGGAUACGCACACGCGCGGAUGGUCAAGUUCCUGGUGUACAUCCACGGAGAGAACUUCAUCCGAGUCUGACCCAACGGAAAUUCCUUACUGAGGGACAGUAGACAUACUACGUGUUUACAGGUCUGUAACAAGCCAAAAAGGUGGGAAUCCCACCAAAGCGCAAGGACUUUGUCAUAUUUAUUACUUGAAAGGACAGCGAGGCUUGACUUUAACAUGUAGCUUCAACUGAUGCGUAAUUCACACGAACUGUGUUUUCAGGUGAAAUGGCACAAUGCUUAUUACUGUUGUGUGUAUGGCAUACUAAAUGCAAAGAGUUAAAUUAUGCAAAUGUACAUUAACAAGAUAUUACCAAUAAACUUAUUACUGUAGAUUCA